GGAGGAGGGAGGCUGGCGGAUGGAGAGGGCGAGGCUAGGAGGCCCUCAGGAUGGAACCUGUCUCUUCUUUGGACACUGUGGAAUUUCCAUAAGCUGCUGGACACAGCUGAUGGGUACCAGGUAUGAGUGGCAACGUUUGGCAAUUCCAUUAACUGAAAAGAACUACCGAGAAACGGUGAGGCGGGGCGGCGAAGAUGAGACCAACUGCCCAUCACUCCAGAGGACCUGCUGAAAGAAUCUGAACUCACCACGCCUUCGCGUCCGCAAGGGAAAGGUCCGGCUGCCACGCCCCCGCGACCGCUGUCGCCCUGGGGAAAACACGAGAAACACCCGGCACCGCCAGGUUCCAGAGACCUUCGCAAAGUACGGGCAAUUGAGUAGCAGGAAACUCGAUGGGAGAAGGAAAAACUGGGAAAUGGGAGGAAUGCAAAAAUGACUACAUCUCCCAGGAGAUCGAGACCAUCCUGGCUAACACGGUGAAACCCUGUCUCUACUAAAAAUACAAAAAAUUAGCCAGGCAUGGUGGCGGGCGCCUGUAGUCCCAGCUACUCGGGAGGCUGAGGCAGGAGAAUGGCGUGAACCCGGGAGGCGGAGCUUGCAGUGAGCCGAGAUCGCGCACUGCCCUCCAGCCUGGGCAGCAGAGCGAGACUCUGUCUCCAAAAAAAAAAAAAAGACUACAUCUCCCAGAAUGCACUGCAUACAGACCGGCGUGGAGCGGCGCAUUCUGGGAUUACUUCUUUUCCGUGGGAGUAAGGAAGUGCUUUUGAAUGAGGUACUGAGGGCCAAGGUGUUGGAAGUUCCUAAUUCUUUCCUCGGUUAACUGUGAAACUCUGCGUAUUGGGAAGGCCUGGCCUCAGUCAUCAGGCCAGGAGAGGUAUUGGACGCCGCGCACGCACUCGUCUGCCAGCGAGGCCCAAAGGGGAAGCCUAGCGGAGCUCAGUGUGGCAGCUGCUGGCCUCUGGGCAGCUACAUGUCAUACCAUGCUUUCCUGUGAUAUUUGUGGUGAAACAGUAACCUCAGAACCAGACAUGAAAGCUCACCUAAUUGUUCACAUGGAAAGUGAAAUUAUAUGUCCAUUUUGCAAGUUGUCAGGUGUGAAUUAUGAUGAAAUGUGUUUUCAUAUCGAAACAGCUCAUUUUGAGCAGAAUACACUUGAAAGAAACUUUGAGAGGAUAAAUACAGUACAAUAUGGACCUUCAGAUAACAAGAAAGACAACACCCUACAGUGUGGAAUGGAAGUUAAUUCAAGUGUUCUUUCAGGUUGUGCAUCUAAUCAUCCAAAAAAUUCAGCUCAAAACCUGACUAAAGAUAGUACUUUAAAACAUGAAGGCUUCUAUUCAGAGAACUUAACUGAAUCUAGAAAAUUCCUGAAAAGUAGGGAAAAACAGUCCAGCCUGACCGAAAUAAAAGGAUCUGUUUAUGAAACAACAUACAGUCCUCCCGAAUGUCCAUUCUGUGGAAAAAUAGAGGAGCACAGUGAAGAUAUGGAAACUCAUGUGAAAACAAAGCAUGCCAAUCUUUUAGACAUUCCAUUGGAAGACUGUGAUCAACCACUCUAUGAUUGUCCUAUGUGUGGGCUCAUAUGUACAAAUUACCGUAUUCUUCAGGAACAUGUUGACUUGCAUUUGGAAGAAAACAGCUUUCAGCAAGGCAUGGAUAGAGUCCAGUGUUCUGGUGAUCUACAAUUGGCUCACCAGCUUCAGCAAGAAGAAGACAGAAAGAGGAGAUCUGAAGAAUCAAGACAAGAAAUAGAAGAAUUUCAGAAGCUGCAGAGACAAUAUGGUUUAGAUAAUUCUGGAGGAUACAAACAACAACAACUACGAAAUAUGGAGAUAGAAGUAAAUAGGGGAAGAAUGCCUCCAUCUGAAUUUCACAGGAGAAAAGCUGAUAUGAUGGAAUCAUUAGCUCUUGGUUUUGAUGAUGGAAAAACAAAAACUUCCGGAAUUAUUGAAGCACUUCACAGGUAUUAUCAGAAUGCUGCCACAGAUGUGAGACGGGUGUGGCUUUCUUCAGUGGUGGAUCACUUUCAUUCAUCUUUAGGCGACAAAGGUUGGGGUUGUGGUUACAGAAAUUUCCAAAUGCUACUUUCAUCAUUAUUACAAAAUGAUGCUUAUGAUGAUUGCUUAAAAGGUAUGUCGAUUCCUUGCAUUCCAAAAAUUCAAUCUAUGAUUGAAGAUGCAUGGAAGGAAGGUUUUGAUCCUCAGGGGGCCUCUCAACUUAAUAACAGGUUACAGGGAACAAAGGCCUGGAUUGGAGCAUGUGAAGUAUAUAUACUCCUGACCUCCCUAAGGGUAAAGUGUCGUAUUGUUGAUUUUCACAAAUCAACUGGUCCUUUGGGUACACACCCUCGCUUAUUUGAAUGGAUAUUGAACUAUUAUUCUUCAGAGGGAGAAGGGAGUCCAAAGGUAGUGUGUACAUCUAAACCUCCUAUCUAUCUUCAGCAUCAAGGUCACAGUCGAACUGUUAUUGGAAUUGAAGAGAAAAAAACCCGAACAUUAUGCUUACUAAUAUUUGAUCCUGGAUGUCCUUCUCGAGAAAUGCAGAAAUUAUUAAAGCAAGACAUAGAGGCUAGCAGUCUCAAGCAACUUCGCAAAUCUAUGGGAAAUUUAAAACAUAAGCAAUACCAGAUAUUGGCAGUAGAGGGUGCUCUUUCUCUAGAGGAGAAACUUGCCAGGAGACAAGCUUCUCAAGUCUUUACAGCCGAGAAGAUUCCUUGAAGAAUCAAGCAUUUAAGCAUUUCAGUGAUUGAGAACAAUACUUUGUUUUCUAAAUGUAGAUAUUGAACUCUUUAACACAAUUAUGAAUCUGUGAAUUCUCUUAAGUCUUAACAUAUAAUUUAAUUUCUAAAAUGCCUGUGUUAAUUGAAUUAUACCUAUCAUACUUCAUUGUUUGGUAAAUUAUUUCAAUAAAAUGUCUUGUUUUUGCAUUGUG